CGUCAUUUCGAAAAAAAGAAAAAGAAAGAAGUGUAUGUGAAACCACUUUUCGCCGGACACCGAGUUGGACAGUUUAACAAGAGGGGGCCAAACGCAAUGGAGGACACAACGGGCAAUACUACCAAGACGAAAGUUGUGGCUGUAGUGGGAGGUGGUUUGGUCGGUGCCCUGAACGCCUGCUACUUCGCCAAAAGAGGUUAUGAAGUGCAAGUCUUUGAAUCUCGGGAAGAUAUCCGCCAAGCCAAAGUUGUGAGAGGAAGAAGCAUCAACCUUGCGUUGUCUCACAGGGGCCGUCAGGCUCUGAAACAAGUUGGAAUGGAAGAGAGGAUUAUCUCAAAGGGGAUCCCCAUGCAUGCCAGGAUGAUCCAUUCACCUAGUGGGAAGCAGUCACCAAUUCCUUAUGGCAAGAAAGGCCAGUACAUCCUAUCAGUGGACAGAGCCAAUCUCAACAAAGUGCUACUAACAGAGGCAGAAACAUAUUCAAAUACAAAGCUGAACUUUGACCGCAAACUGCAGGACUGGAGCUCUGACACAGGGCUAAUGACCUUUGUCAGGUCUGAUGGGACCAUGGAGGAGAUCAGGGUAGAUUUAAUAGUGGGCUGUGACGGGGCCUUCUCUGCCAUCCGCAAACAGUUCCUUCGCCGCAGCCGCUUCAGCUACAGCCAAACCUACAUCCCUCAUGGGUACCUGGAGCUCACCAUGCCACCUAACAACGGAGAGUUUGCCAUGAAGCCUAAUUACCUGCACAUCUGGCCAAGAAACACAUUCAUGAUGAUCGCUCUGCCCAAUUUGGACAAGACGUUCACCUGCACCCUCUUCAUGCCCUUUGAAGAGUUUGAGAAAAUCACCACUGGAGAUGAAGUCAUAGAGUUUUUCCAGACAUACUUCCCCGAUGCAGUGCCGCUUAUAGGAGUUGAUGCUCUCAAGAGGGAUUAUUUCCGUUUGCCUGCCCAGGCCAUGGUGUCUGUCAAGUGCUCUACGUAUCACAUCGGAGACAAGUGCGUCCUCAUGGGGGAUGCAGCCCACGCUGUGGUGCCCUUCUAUGGCCAGGGCAUGAAUGCUGGCUUUGAGGACUGCCUCGUCUUUGAUGAAAUAAUGGACCAGUUCAACGAGGACUUGAGUGUUGUACUGCCUGAAUACACCAGAGUGAGAGUUCCAGAUGACCAUGCAAUUGCAGACCUGGCCAUGUACAACUAUAUUGAAAUGAGGGCUCACGUCAACUCCAAAUGGUUCCUUUUCAGAAAAUACCUCGAUAACGUCCUCCAUUUCUUCAUGCCAAAUACAAUAAUCCCCUUGUACACAAUGGUCACCUUUACAAGGACAAGGUACCAUGAAGCAGUGAUACACUGGCACUGGCAAGACAAAGUCAUCAGCCACGGUCUGCUGUUUUGUGCGACAGGGGCAGUUUUUGGGGGCUCUUUCCUGCUCAUUAAAAAUCUGCACAAUUUGCCCAACAUCCCCAAUAUCCCCACUGAGAAACUGUGGAACAGUCUGUUAGCUCUGAAGACCUCCUGAAGACAUCCGAAGACCUUCUGAAGACCACCUGAAGACCUCCGGCAGACUGCAUCAUUUCCAAUCCAAAGGAUGAAUGUAAUUAUGAUUACUGAUUUACAGUAAUUGAAGCACCAAUUUUUUUAUUUAAUGUGCUGUAAUGAAGACUGCGAACUCACCCAGGUGAUAAGCAUCGAUAUUAUGAUGUUAUAUUGUGUUUAUGAUAGUAUUUCGGUUACUUUUGGUAGAUGUUACGUUUUAUUGGUGACUGAGUUCAGAGUCGUUUCAGGGUUUUGGAUCGUCAGUCGGUUUACCAGUCAAACACCAUCACUACAGAUUGUGUAAACUUGGUUAAUAUGUUGCUGUCAAAGGAAGAUGAGCAUUGUUCAGUGGUUUUGAUUAUAUUAUCAGAGAAAUCUGCACAAUUAAAAUAUCAAUGAUACAA